AUGGGGAACGCGUGUUGUGUUGCUGCUCGAGACAAAAUGGUGGUGCCUAAUUCAUCAGCUGGUGAGAGUUUGCAGAGGAGCAAUCUCAGGCAUUCUCCAACUUGGAGUUUCCGGUGGGAUAACAGAGGACGUGUAGCUGGUGAAGAAACCUCUCUCAGUUGGUUAUCUGAUGGGAUUAGUCGUAACGAUGGGUCUGAGAUCAAAUUUGAAUCUGCAUUUGUAUCUUCUGAAGGGUCUCCUUUGGACAGUUUCCGGACACAGACAUUCCAGAAAUCUCCAGCCUCAGAUCUAUCUUUUCCAAGAAAUUCUUCCAUGGAUACAGUCUUUGAACAGAAAGAAAAUGGUUCAACAGAGUCUGCAGCACCAUCAUAUCCAUAUCAUGCACAACUGUCUCUUUCACUGGCUUCACAGCCAUCAUCUUUCCCAACGUCACCGCUUUCGUCCCAGAGCCACUUGCACACUGCAAGUUCAUCUACACUUAAAAUGACACAGCGCCCUCGUCUAUCAAAGCAAGUCUCAGAUGGUCAACACUAUGGAGUGAACUCACUAAGUAGAAGCUCAGCAACUGAAGAGAGGCAGCAGGGAGCUCCUUUGAGAUAUAAUUCUUCUCAGAGUGGACCAUCUGAAAGUUGGUCAAUGCAAGGCUUUUCUGAAAGGAUGUCAUCUUCUCGCAGCGACGAGCCUUUGUCGUAUGAUAAUGAUUGCUUUGGGCUUCAACGUGAUAAGUUAGACUAUCAGCAGCAAACCUGUGGUGCUUGCUCUAGACCCUUGUCAGAGAAAUCCAUGUGGAGCAGCCAAAAGAUUUUUAUGACCAACGAGCUCUCUGUGUCUGCAAUUUUAGCUUGUGGGCAUGUGUAUCAUGGUGAGUGUUUGGAGCAGAUGACGCCGGAAAUUGAUAAAUUUGACCCUUCAUGCCCAAUCUGUACAUUGGGUGAGAAGAAAACGGCGAAGCUGUCAGAGAAAGCCUUGAAAGUAGAGAUGGAUUUGAUAGCUAGGCACAACAAAAGACUCAGAGCCCGGGUUUUGGACAGUGAUUUUGAUUGUGAUGAUUUCGUAAUGUUUGAUCACGGCCACAGGGCAGCAGCAGCAGCAGCAGGCAAGAGCCCUAAGCUAGUCUCGAGCUCGAGUGUCAAAAACCAUUCCGCAAAGCCAUUCUUGGCUCGACAUUUCUCUUUUGGGUCCAGAGGUCACAGUAAAUCAACUAAAGAGAAUCUUGCUGUCAAAAAGAAAGGCUUCUUCUGGACCAAAUCCAGCAAAAAUUGA